AUGGCAAGUUCUUCCGGUGAUAAGGUUAGUAUGCCUUUGUUUCACGGCGACGAUUAUGCAUCUUGGAAGGUCAAGAUGCGCACCUAUUUAAUGUCUGAAGGACUGUGGUGUAUUGUUGCAAAUGGGUACUUAGAACCCAGUGAUGAAACUACACUGCCUGAGUCGAAGAAGAAGGAACUUGAGAGUACUAGCAUGGUAAAUGCGAAGGCUCUAUCGAAGCUACAAAAUGGCGUGGGUGUUACGAUUUUCCCUCGCAUCAUCAGAGCCCGAAGUGCAAAAGAAGCCUGGGAUAUAAUUGCAAAGGAAUUUGAAGGGACACAACUCCUCGUCAAAAUUGCAAAGAUUCAUCAUGAUCCCAAAUUAUGGCCAAAUCCUGAAGAGUUUAAACCAAAAAGAUUUCUCACCACACACAAGCACAUAGACUACAGGGGCCAAGAUUUUGAAUUGAUACCAUUUAAAAGUGGGAGAAGAAUUUGUCUUGGAAUGUCUCUUGCGAGCGAAUCGAUGCUACUUACGCUUGCAAAUUUGCUACAUGGAUUUGACAUUGCAAGCCCAACAGGAGGACCAGUCGACAUGACUGAGGGACCGGGAUUCACCCUACAUAAAGCCAAUCCACUUGAAGUUCUUCUUACUCCAAGCUUUCCUGCCCACCUUUAUGCUUAA